CUUCUCCACUCACCUACCCUCCGCCGCGAGGAUGCCCGUCGUCAUCCGCCCCAAGUAUGCGGACCCGCGAGAGGUUGCGCAGUCGUACCGGCCAAGACCAGGUGUCAUGUCCCCCGGCUUGAAACGUGCACGCGCGCCAUACCUCGUCAGGAAUGCGCUGGUCGGGACAGCGCUUGCGUGCUUCAUCAUGGGCGUGUACGCCUACUCCCUCUACGCCGUUCGCCAGGAUAAAUUCGAAGACCUCGACGAAGAAGCCCGCGAGCUCUCCGCCGCAGGCGUCCUCGCCCAGCGCACCACCCUCGAGGACAAGCAGCGCUCCAGCCCCGGCCCGCUCGCCACCUCCGCCGCCCUCGAGCAGAAGCCCGGCGUGGGCGCCAUCAUUCCGACCUCUCCCCUCGCACCCGCACCCGCUUCCGGCACCGAGCUUGCUAAUGCUGCAGCGGGCAAGACCGCGAACCCAGCAGCUCUUGCCGCUGGCGAGCCGAGGGGGAUUCUGUCCAAGUACCUCGCAGACCGCUACCCUCGGCUCUUCGACCCGUCGCGGAAGACGGUCGUGUUCGGUGCGCCGAGCGUGGACAACCCGGGGCGGAUAUCAUCGCCUUGAGGGAGCAGUGGGGAGACGAGGAGGUAGUACAUUCGACUAUUCCAAGAAAACUAUCAUCCAUAUCAACCUGCUAUCGGCAUGUACUCAACCCCCACUCACGACCUGUGUAACAUUUGCUGCAUUUCCCAAGCCAUACUACCCAGCGACACGCCCCUCCACAGCCCAACCACUAGACCAAUCAAGCUCAAGCCAAACGAAUGCAUAGGAUAAAGGAAAGCGUAGAAUCAUGAUAGCAUUUCGACAGCAUGACAACCUGCAGAGCAUUCAUAUACAAAAUCGUCAACCAGUCGAGGGUAUAUCCAGCAACGACAAGAGCCCCUAGGGAGGUACUCUGG